AUGUCAGCCCAGUCCGGACAGCCAUUCCAGACAAAUGGCUUUCAGACUUCCAUCGACAUCGCCCGUGGCCAAGUUUAUGAUGUACCCUCGCUGGCCGGACACAAGCGUCCCCCAGACCAUCCCCCAGCUGACCCUCCCAAAACCACCACUACCAUAAAUCAUCAUCCCAGUCAUUAUCCCAUCCGCCCUUCUUCUUCUCAUCCCCGAACCGCCAAUCAAACCGGUUUAUUGCCGGGCUCCCGUUCGGGCGAUUUCGCCCGUGCCUCUGUGACCCCUCCGCCGAGUCGUUUGGUCGCUAGUGAGAUUCAUCCGGUCACGGCCGCCGUCAACGGUUACCACCAGCGCGCAGACCCGCCUGUUGAUGUCCCAGGUCCGGAUCAGGAUCCUCUCCUCUCACUCAGACAUCCCAGAUAUGGUUUGUCUCCGGCCCUGGUGGCUAAUUUUGCUGCCCUGGGUGUGAAGAGUAUCUACCCGUGGCAGGCGUCAUGUUUACUCGCGGAGGGCCUUUUGAAAGGCGAGCGACACCUCGUCUAUACGGCUCCGACGGGUGGAGGGAAAUCGCUCGUCGCGGAUGUUCUCAUGUUGAAGCGUAUUAUUGAGAACCCCUCGCGCAAGGCGAUUCUGGUUCUCCCCUACGUCGCGCUGGUGCAGGAGAAGCUCAAGUGGUUGCGCCGUAUCGUCGACAACGUGGAAAAGUAUAUUCCUGAUGAUGGUGGGGUCGACUCGAAACCGUUCCAUCAGCGCUGGAAGAAGAUGCAAAAGUCAAUUCGCGUGACGGGAUUCUUUGGCGGGAGUAGAACUACGGCUUCCUGGGCUGAUACCGACAUUGCCGUCUGUACGAUAGAAAAGGCGAAUUCGCUCAUAAACACGGCCAUUGAAGAGUGCAAUAUCGGGGAUUUGGGCGUCGUCGUUCUGGACGAAUUGCAUAUGUUGGAUGAUGAGCACCGUGGAUACCUCUUAGAACUCAUGGUCACGAAACUACUGCUGCUUCAACAAGAUAUCCAAAUUAUUGGAAUGAGUGCUACGCUAUCUAACACAGAAUUACUGGCACAGUGGAUGAAUGCGAAAUUCUUCAUCUCAACUUAUCGACCAGUUCCUAUUGAUGAAUACCUCGUUUACGAAAAUGCAAUCUACCCAGCGGUGACGUCCAGGCAGCUAUUCCAGACAAUUAACAAAUUGACGGCAACAACGCCGACAUCCCUUGCUGAAACCAUGCCCCCGCACCGGAAAAUCAACGCCUCGACUGCCCGGCAGCUUUCAAAUCCCAUGACUAAUGCCAUGGUAGCACUGGCGAUUGAGACAGCUGCCGGAGGAUUUGGGGCGUUGGUCUUUUGCGGAAGUCGCCAAGCUUGUCAGAUUCAUGCCGGGGUAAUGAGCGAGGCAAUGCCAGUAUCGUCUCCCGAAGAUCUGAGCAAACGAUUGGAUCUGCUCGCCGAUCUACGAAGUCAGCCCAGCGGUCUUGAUCCGGUUUUGGAGACUACUCUGGUCAAGGGAGUGGGCUUUCACCAUGCAGGCAUGACAACCGAAGAACGAGAAUUGAUCGCGCAGGCGUAUGAUCAAGGUAUUUUGAGGAUUCUGGUUGCGACAUGCAGCCUUGCCGCUGGGGUCAAUCUCCCCGCAAGAAGGGUGAUCAUAAAUGGCGCUCGCAUGGGUCGGGAAUUGGUCGGGCCCGCGAUGCUGCGGCAAAUGUGUGGCCGAGCUGGGCGCAAGGGAAAAGACGAGGCUGGAGAGACAUACCUUAUCUGCGGAAAGGCGGACUUUCAAGCUGUCUGCGACUUGCUUGAGGCCGACAUGCCCGCUAUUGAGAGUUGUCUAGCACCAGAAAAGAGGGGUCUUAAGCGAGCGCUUUUGGAAGCCAUCGCAACCGGACUGGCCUCCGGUUCCGAGGCGAUCAAGGAAUACGUGAAAUGCACUCUUCUCUGUCGAACCAUAGAUAAGAAAAUCACAUAUAGUAUCAUGGAUUCUGCGCUCCAGGAAUUAGUCGACGAAGAACUCUUACACUUCAGAGAUGAUGAGUCGUAUGAAGCCACACAGCUUGGACAGGCGGUGGUUGCCUCGGCAUUUGCACCCGAAGAUGGACUUUACGUCCACGAGGAAUUGAAGCAAGCGCUGCAAGCUUUUGUGAUGGAUGGUGAUAUGCAUAUCUUCUACAUGUUCACCCCUCUUCAAGUGGCAAUGCAAACCCAGAUUGACUGGCAAAUCUUCCGAGAUCAGUUGGAUAAUCUCGACGAAAGUGGGUUACGGGCUUUGCAAUUUGUUGGCGUGCAGCCCGGGUUUGUCAACACCAUGGUGCAAAGCGGUGCUACGUUGAAAGAAAACACACCAGCUCAGGUAAAGCAAGCCAGAGUAUAUCGCCGGGCUUACACGGCAUUCCAGCUUCGAGACUUGAGUAACGAAGUACCACUAUCAACCAUUGCCCAGCGCUAUCGCAUCCCUCGCGGGGCCGUACAGACUCUAGCGCAGCAAUGUCACGGGUUUGCGGCGGGUAUGGUCAAAUUUUGUCAACGUAUGGAUUGGGGGAUGCUCGCAGCGGUCUUGGACCACAUGCGGGACCGGUUGGAAGCCGGGGCUCGGGCUGAUCUUUUGGAGAUGGCCCAGGUCACUUAUGUUAAGGGUUGGACUGCGCGACUGCUACGGGACAAUGGGUUCCGAAACUUGAGGGCAUUGGCUGAAGCUGAUCCUAAAGAUCUUGUUCCUGUGCUUAUGAUGGUGAAUCCACGUAAAGCGCAAAGAACUCAACUAUACCCCUCGGAAGCUGAGAGGUAUUCCACCAAGUUGCUCACCAAAUCCGAGGUAAUUGUUGCGUCCGCGAAUAAGAUUUGGGGUAUGUCCUUUCUUUUGUUGGGCUGGGUUCUCGAUGCUAACUAG